AUGGCGACCUCAAUGGCGGCCGGAGAGGGCAGUGUUGUUCCACAGCCUAGGCAGCGGAACACCACGCCCGGAGUUAAGAAGGUGGGGAGUCGGAUUUAUGAUUCCGUCAAUGGGAAGACUUGCCAUCAGUGUCGGCAAAAGACCCUGGAUCUUGUGGUAGCAUGCAAGUUUCAGAGGAUGAACAAACCAUGCCCGAUUAUGUACUGUCACAAGUGUCUCUGGAACAGAUACGGCGAGAGGGCUGAGGAAGUAGCGGGUUUGGGGCAGUGGACUUGCCCCAAAUGCAGGGGCAUUUGCAACUGCAGCGUCUGCAUGAAAAAAAGGAAUGAAGAUCCCACUGGUAUUGCCACAAAGAAAGCAAAAGCUAGGGGAUUUUCCUCAGUCGCCGAAAUGCUAUAUAAAACGACGCCCCAAGAGAGAGCUGCUGAAAAGGCCCACUUGUCCAGAGAGCCAGAAAAGGGUUCUACCUCUGGUGAAAAGAAGCCAAAUGAGCUUAAAGCUCAUCAAAAAAGAAAACAAGAUUGUUCUACAAAACAUGAGCCUGAAGGGAAUGGUUCAUGUGACAGCUCAAACGCUGAUGAGCAGAAACCAAGGGAGAGACCAGUGAAUGAGGAUAUUCUUGCUGGCAUUCCCUUGCCAGAGGGAGAAAGGGUGAGACAUGUGGGCGGAGUUGAUUUACCGGCAGAAGAUGUCGGUAAUGCCUUACAGUUUAUGGAAUUUUGUGCUACUUUUGGGGAGGUCUUUGAUACUAAAAAGGAGCAAGCAAAACUUAUACUUCAAGACAUUUAUAAUGUGAGAACUGGAUGCAAAGGAGAAGUUUCUAUGAAUGUCAAAUUUCAUAUUAACCUCCUCUCUCAUUUACUGGAGCAUCAGGGGGAAGAAUCUGUGGAACUCAGCACAUCAGAUAUGGAGAAAUCAUGGUUUGAUGUGCUCAAGAAAUGCUUGUCUCCGUCCCAAAGUGUUCUUAAAGCACAGGGAGUUGAUUCUCUGGAGAGCACAGAUAAUUAUGACACUUUCACUGCUUCGCAAAAGCUUAGGCUUUUAAACAUUCUCUGCGAUGAAGCCCUUGCAACUGAAAAAAUGAGGAGCUGGAUGGAAGAAGAUAAUGCAAAACUUGGCAGCAAGGUCAAGGAAGCUAGACAAAAAAUUAAUGCGGCAAUGGAUAAGGAGAAGCAGCUGAAGCGGAAAAUGAAAGAUGAUAUUGCCCAAGCAAUUUCUGACAAAGAGGGUGCCCCUCUUUCAAUUUCGGAGCAUGAAGCCAUUGUUUCUGUUACCAAAUGUGAGAUGGAGCAGGCUCGGGCUGAGGUCCUCGAGUCAAAGGCCAUGCUUCCAAAAAAAGCGAAGAUUUCCGAUGCUGUAAGAACAGAGCCAAUACUGGUUGGCACCGGUGGCCAUGUGUACUGGAAACUGAACUUUUUGCGGGAUUCGGAAGUUCUGCAUCAAAAUAUUGGACAUGGGGAUUCCCUUACCUUGGACGAGAAAUGGUUCACCAUUAAUGAUGAAGGGAAAGAAGUCGUUGAAAAGCACAUUGCUUAUGCAAGCAGCAUCAAGCGAAAAAGGCCAAGGAGGAAUCUGAAGAGGAAUGAUGCUAAUAGUUCAGUUCCAGUCGAAGCAUCUAACUCAGCUCCAUCUGAAGCAGAUGCAGAUGCAGAUGCAAUGGAAGUCCAAUGA